UUAGACUUCUCUCUCUUUUGUGCUGCAAUUCUUUAGCGUCUUCCGUUUCAUUGCGGUCUCUCUCUCGCCGCUCUAUGCUCCCCCAACCUCCAGCAUGAAGUCCUGGGAAUUGUGUGCUCGCAUGUGAAUGAAUUUGCUGGCUUUUCGGGUCACGGGUUCGACAAUUUACUUGGGUGUUUGCUCAUUGUUCUGUGUGAGUAGUCGAGAAGAAAUUCCUUGCUUGCGAGAAUGGCAAACAGCAAGUACGAGUACGUGAAGUCGUUUGAAGUGGAGGAUGAGGUGAUGCUGCCGAAUUUGAUCGUUGUGCGAAUCGAGGGAUGCAAUUUCGACGGGUUUGCUGACAUCCAUGAUCUUGAAAAAGCUAACGAUGAGAAAGCACUGGCUCUGAUGAACUCCUGUGCUGCUGCUGUGUUGGAGGAGUAUCCUGAUAUAGUUUUUUCUUAUGGAUUUAAUGAUGAGUACAGUUUUGUUUUCAAGAGGAAGACGAAGUUCUACCAAAGGCGAGCCAGCAAAAUAAUGUCGCUGAUUGUGUCUUUCUUCUCUUCUGUUUAUGCCACAAAAUGGAAAGAGUUCUUUCCUCAUAAGGAAAUGAAGUGUCCGCUUUCCUUUCUUGCACGUGUUGUUUGUUGUGCCUCAUUAGAGGUUCUUCAAGCAUAUCUUGCAUGGAGACAAAAUGAAUGUCAUAUCCGUAACCUUCACAAUACUUGUCUCUGGAUGCUGAUUAAAAGUGGAAAAUCUGCCAAGGAAGCAGUGGAAGUUUUAGAGGGUACCCAAAAACAAGAGAAAAAUGAGCUUCUUUUUCAGCAAUUCGGGAUCAACUACAGAAUGCUUCCUGAAAUGUUUCGUCAAGGGUCAUGUAUCUUUAUGACACAGGCAGAAGACGUAGUGAAGCACAAUGAGCAUGGAAUUCCCAUCAAAAGAAUGCGGCGAAAGCCUAGGAUGAUCCACAAUGAACAAAUUGCUGGGCGAAACUUUUGGAAUGGACAGCAAUACCUCUUGACGGAACUAGGUCCGUUUGAGAAUGAUAUAAAGAAGAUAAAAGCAGAAUAUAUCAAAUCCUUUCUGUUUGAAAACAAGUUGAUGCCAUCUACCUGGAUUGUGAUCAGAAUUGAUGGUUGCCACUUCCACAGAUUCUCGGAAGUUCAUGAGUUUGAGAAGCCAAAUGAUCAGCAAGCUUUGAACCUUAUGAAUUCCUGUGCAGUGGCAGUUCUGGAAGAGUUUAAAGAUAUUGUCUUCUCUUAUGGGGUCAGUGAUGAGUAUAGCUUUGUUUUGAGUAAGGAUUCUAAACUUCACCAGCGACAGGCCAGCCAAAUAGUUUCUGUCAUUGUGUCGUUCUUCUCUUCAGCGUAUGUGAUGAAAUGGAAAGACUUUUUCCCAUUUAAAGAGUUGAAGUAUACUCCUUCUUUUGAUGGACGCGCUGUAUGCUAUCCUUCCACUGAAAUACUUCGAGAUUAUCUGGCGUGGAGACAAGUUGAUUGCCACAUCAACAAUCAGUACAACACAUGUUUCUGGAUGCUUGUCAAGUCAGGAAAGAGUAAAAGUGAAGCUCAGAGUCAUCUAAAGGGCACACAAACACGAGAGAAGAAUGAACUUUUAAUCAGACAGUUCAACAUUGACUACAACACACUACCUGUAAUGUUCCGCCAGGGCUCCUCCGUGUUUCGCAUGAAGGAAGAGGACUCUAUGAUGCCCGAGAAUGUCACGCCUACAGAAGUCAAACAGAAUAUAAUCGUAGACCACUCAAAUAUCAUUGAAGAUAGCUUCUGGAAAGAGCAUCCAAGCAUAUUGUGUUAAUGUUCUUUCGUAUCUGAGUCCGGCGGAAUUCGAGAAGCUCCUUUUUUUCCUCCGACAUAUUUCAUUGAAGCUUCACUGGCGUUUUCUUUCGUUUUUCUGGGGGGCGUCUGGUGUAACUUUUUCCCACUAUGCAGGGGCAGUCGGUAUUUGUUGCAUUUAGGCAUAUUAGGUACCUUCUGAAGGGGGUUGACAAUGAAGUAUUCUUUCAUUUAAGAUCAACAAUUGUGAUUUCUGAGUGAAUUUAUAUUAAGAAAAGUCCUUUCAUGUUCUUGGCUGAA